AGACUGAGACUGAGAGCGAAGAGUGGAGAGCAGGCCUUCAAUUUGAAGCGUGAGAGAUACUGUUCAUAUAACAGUGAUUUGGCUCCAAGUGGUUUGACGCUUUUGCCCUCGCUUCAGAUUUUUUUUCCGGCUCUACCUCGGUUCUGGAUACGAUAUCGUCAUUUUGCUCUUUCUAUCUUUAUCAAUUGUUGAGAGAGAGAGAGAGCGGUUGUGUGUGUUUGCUUCGCACGAGGAGGUAGAGGGAUAGAUCGGAGGGAAAGUUUGAAACCUCAAUCCUGGUUGAGAGGGAGAGAGAGAGAGUUAGAGAGAUCGGUUGUGUUUGUUUGCUUGGGACGUAUUAACUAUAUUUCGUUCUUGGUUUCUACAAGAAAGCACAGUCGAAACAGAGAGAGAGAGAGUGAGAGAGAGUCAGAGAGGAAGGAGAUCUACGUCUUGAAUAGCUCUGCCGUGUACCAAUUACGAAACACCCAAUCUACUAUCUUCGGGAAGCCUCAAUCAGCCAUGUAUCGGAAGUGUGCAGAAGAGAAGAGGUUCGUCUGGAUUUCGUAAUAGCGGUCUUCUGCGACAGAGUGAGGCCGAUCCGAGAGAGAGAGAGGAAGAGCAGGAGACGGGAAGAGCCAUCAAACUCUCAGAUAGAAUUUUAGCUUUUUCGCGGAGCCUCGAUCGACAUCCAUCUUCACUAUUUCGUAGGAUAUUCGUCUUUUAUACUGGUGGAUUACAGUUGUCAGUAUUGUGGACUGGAGUAUCUGCCUGUUUUUGCUUCCUUGAUUGGAUCUUGCUGUAUCUAGCGUGAAGCUGAUCAGCUCUGAUGCUGUUACUAGAUUUACUGCCCUUGAUCUUCCAUCUAUUUCGUCUUUGACAUAUACCUGCACCCUUUUAUGUUAAUUCCUUUCUCUAUUCAUUAUCAGAGAUCGGUUGUGUGUGUUUGCUUCGCACGAGGAGGUAGAGAGAUAGAUCGGAGGGUAAGUUUGGAUGCUCAAUCCGGGUUGAGAGAUAAAGAGAGUUAGAGAGAUCGGUUGUAUUUGUUUGCUUCGGACGAGGAGGUAGAGAGAUAGAUCGGAGGAAAAGUUUGAAUCUUCAAUCCGAAGAAACUUAAAUGAUCAAGAGAUUGAGGAGUUUGCCUCGCUGAUGGUUAAGCUAGAAAAUGUCCGAUUAGUGGAGUCCAAACCAGAUGAAAGGAGGUGGAAGCUUGAGCCUAAUGGGAAAUUCUCUUGCAAUUCUUUCCAUAGCUUCUUAAUUAGUGGUGGAUCAGAUCCAAUUUUUCCUCCUGCAAAGUUUAUUUGGAAGGUCAAGGUCCCUACUAAGGUGAAGAUUUUGGGAUGGCUUGUGGUACUGGGGAAGACAAAUACAUGUGAUGUUCUUCAAAGGAGAAGACCAGGAAGUUGUUUUUCUCCUCACUGGUGCAUUUUAUGUAAAGCUCAAGGGGAAAGUGCUGAUCAUGUCUUCGUGCAUUGUGAAGUGGCUAAUUUCUUAUGGAAAAAAUUAUUUUGGGAAGCAAGAGUGGACUGGACAACUCCAUUACAGAGAAAUGACUUGCUAAGGGAAAACCCCAUAGCGUUUGGUAAAGACCACAAUAAAGUUCCUUGGUUUGCUGAGUUCUCCUUUGGUUUGAUCAAAGGCUGUGGUUUUGGUGGAUUUCGACAGAGUGAGGAUUGCAGGCUUUGUUUGUGCUACAGUUUCAACUCUGGGCAAUUGAUUGCAAUACCUUCAAGGUUUUGGGAAGACUCUUGGCUAGAGGAUCAACCAUUGAAAUUCUACUUUCCAAGGUUGUUCAGACUAUCAACUCACACUAACUUUUUGGUGGAAAGGGUAGCUAUCCCUCUCACCUUUCCGUUGAGCUGGGACUUUGGGUUCAGGAGAAACUUAAAUGACCAAGAGACUGAAGAGUGUGCCUCACUGUUGGCUAAAUUAGAAAAUGUCAGAUUACAGGAGUCCAAGCCAGAUGAAAGGAGGUGGAAGCUUGAACCUACUGGGAAUUUCUCUUGCAAAUCUUUCCAUAUCUUUUUAACUAGUGGCGCUUCAGAUCCAAUCUUUGACCCUGCAAAGUUUAUUUGGAACGUCAAGGCCCCUACAAAGGUGAAAAUUUUGGGGUGGCUUGUGGUAUUGGGGAAGACGAAUACUUGUGAUGUCCUUCAAAAGAAAAGACCGGGAAGUUGUUUUUCUCCUCACUGGUGUAUUUUAUGCAGGAACCAUGGGGAAAGUGCUGAUCACGUCUUUGUGCAUUGUGAUGUGACUAUUUCCUUAUGGAAAAAGCUUUUUAGGGAGGCAAGAGUGGACUGGACAAAUCCAUUACAGAGAAGCGAAUUGCUAAGAGAAAAACCUUUAGCUUUUGGUAAAGGGAAAAAGGCUAAAACCCUCUGGGGAUGUGGGGUGCUAGCUGUUUGUUGGGUGGUCUGGUUGGAAAGAAACAGAAGAAUUUUUGAAAACUAUGGAGGUUCGGAGAGGGAAGACAUGUGGGAGAGAGUCAAAUUCUGGGCUUCCUUAUGGGUUUCUAUUUCUAAGGAAUUCAAGGAUUAUAGUCUUUCUUCUAUUAUUCUUAAUUGGCAAGCAGCUGUAGUUUAGCCCCUAAGGUGUGAUUGUUCUUUUAGACAUGCUAAACCUUUUGCCCUAGCUGUCCUUGAUCUCUAUAGUGGACUCCUUGUCCGCCUCUGUGUAUUUUUGUUUUUUCUCUUUUUCAAUAAAGAGUUGUUUCUUUUCCAAAAAAAAAAAAAAAA